AUGUCAAUCGCAUACUUUACACCAGUUACUGGCGCAUCGGGAGGUGCCAUAGUAGGAGUGGCCUGUGGUAUCCUUCUUCUCUACUGCGGAGAAGUCUUGGGUGCGAGCGGCAUUGUGUCAUCCAUAGGUCUGAACCCACGUAAAGCCAUGACCGACCCGGGUGCGGCGUGGAAGCUCUCUCUUGUUUCCGCAUUUAUGCUCAUUGGAAACAUUGUCCUAGCAAGACACAUCACAGCUGAUUCUAGACUCAUCCAGGACCCCAGCAUACCAAUCGUCAGCACCAUUGGAUACUUGAUCGGUGGUUUCUUGGUCGGGUUUGGUACUCGGUUGAGUAAUGGGUGCGCGUCCGGUCAUGGGUUCUGUGGGAUGGCACGGUUAAGCAAGCGAUCCAUUGCAGCUGUCGUCGCUUUCAUGUCUGCUGGUGUAGCAACGGCCAGCCUACUGGAUCCCAAAAAUAGUUUUGCAAGUGCCACUUCGCUCUUGAGAACCGAGAAAGCUCCAGCGCUUUUCAACCAAUGGGUUGGGCUUGCUGUUACUCUGCCAAUGGUUCUGGGAACAGUAUACGCACUGCACAAUUUGCGAAAGUCAUACCAAGGCCUUGAUCAUGAAGGUGAUGGAUUGAGUACAACUAGGGGUUCUAAUGAUCCGAAUGAAAGUUAUGGUGCCGUGAAAAGUGCGCCUCUUCUUGAAGGGGGCAAGGCUGAUCAAUCCGAGCAAAGAAUCGUGAUCUUGGACGGAGUUAGGAAAUUGAAGCCUGCGGUCGUGGCAGGCAUGAUGUUUUCAAGUGGCCUUGCAAUUACUGGAAUGGUAUUGCCAUCGAAAAUAUUUGGAUGUCUGAAUGUGCUUCUCAUUGCCAAGGGUACCUGGGAUCCCACGCUCAUGGCAGUCAUGGUGGCAGGACUGUCCGUCAGUUGGCUUUCUUAUCAGUUCGUAUCUGGUGUGGGAAUCAUUGAAAAUUCUUUUGCCAUGGAACGCCCGAAAUGCUCGAGUGAUUUUGCACUCCCAAAGAGCCAGAAUGUCGAUACCCCACUGAUCGGUGGCGCUCUUUGUUUCGGUGCUGGGUGGGCAUUAACUGGCAUGUGUCCAGGUACAGCAUUGUUCCUAGCCGCUAGUGGUUGUACUCCAGUCAUCUUGUUCUUUUGGCCUUUGUUCUUUGUGGGCGCCUUUGUCGCACAAGCGAUUGCUGAAAGGUCAUGA